AUUGCUGAAUUAUAAAUAAAAUUUGAGUAAAGUGGGUUGCCAUUCUUGGCUUUCAUCAACUAAGGAUUAGUCCAAUGUGAGCGUAGGAAUCUCGCGCUAUAUAAGAGAGCUGGGCAGAGCGCCGCCCUCUCUUUCGGUUCCUCGCUUCCAGAAUGACCAAAAAAAGAAGGAACAAUGGUCGUGCCAAAAAGGGCCGGGGCCAUGUGCAGCCUAUUCGCUGCACCAACUGCGCCCGAUGCGUGCCCAAGGACAAGGCUAUUAAGAAGUUCGUCAUCCGAAACAUUGUAGAGGCCGCAGCUGUGAGGGAUAUUUCCGAAGCGAGUGUCUUCGACGCAUAUGUACUUCCCAAGCUGUAUGUGAAACUACAUUACUGUGUGAGUUGUGCCAUUCACAGCAAGGUAGUCAGGAAUCGCUCUCGUGAGGCCCGGAAGGACAGAACACCCCCACCCCGAUUUAGACCUGCAGGUGCUGCCCCACGACCUCCACCAAAGCCCAUGUAAGGAGCUAACUCUGAAGAACUAUUGUCUGGAAAAAAAUAAAGCAGAAGUAAGGAGCUAACUCUGAACUAUUGUCUGGAAAAAAAUAAAGCAGAAGUAAGGAGCUAACUCUGAAGAACUAUUCUCUGGAAAAAAAUAAAGCGGAAAUUAUACUUUA